AUGAAGAUGGCUGAUUCAGAGAAGGCAGAGGAAUUUGUUGAUGCCGAAUGUCCCCUAGAGUGCCUUGAUGAAACACAAUCAGCCACGGCUUCCAUUCAGGUAGAGCAAGAUGAGCACCUGAAAACAGAGACCACCACCAGUACCAGCUCUCCGCCAAGGGAAAAGGAGGGAGAAAGCCCUUUGAAUACAGAGGGGGAACAGAGUCUCCUCUCUAUGCCAUGCCUGAUGAAGGAACUCCGCCGAGACUCCCCCGAGUCCCAGCAUGCCUCAACAGGGAGUGACAAGCCUGUAUCUCGUCAUAUCUACGAAAGUGACUCCUCAAACCCCUGCAUGCUCUCCCCUUCAUCCAGCGGGCAUCUUGCUGACUCAGACACACUCUCCUCAGGGGAAGAAGGUGCCGCUCCUCCUGCAGGAGAAGAAGAUGGCAACAUGGAGGCUUCAAACGAUCCAGGGCAGGCAGCAGGAAGGCAACCUAUCUCCACAGGAGGCAGGAAGUCCCGGCGAUCGCGGUCGGAAAGUGAGAUGCCUCCUAAUGCAAUGGCUGCAAAGAAAAAUCGCUGCCAGCCUACCGCAGCCGCAGCGGGAGGGCAGGAAAAACAAACUAACGGCAAGCUGGGAAAAGUGAAAGGUCACCGGAGCCAGAAACACAAGGAGCGAAUGCGUUUGCUGAGGCAAAAACGAGAAGCAGCGGCACGGAAGAAGUAUAACCUGCUGCAGGACAGCAGUACAAGUGACAGCGAGCUCACAUGCGACUCCACCACCAGCUCCUCUGAGGACGACGACGAUGACACCUCAGGAGGUAGCAAGACAAUCAAGACAGAUAUUUCAGGUAACACCCAAUGUUCUCUUCGCACUUUAACAGUAUUACUACCACCGUUUAGGGUGACUGUAGAAGCCACAUAGUAUUGUCAUGUAAAAACACCGUGUCACAUGAUAUGUUUUACAUGGAAACUAGUCAGUCAAAUUUCUUUAAAACCAAGCCUGCUUUCCUUCGAGAUGAAUUCAUUUUUAGAAUAAAAAAGCACAUAGAAAUGCACAUCAGGGCUGUACAAACAUUUUGCUGUAACAUGUUACAAAAGCACUGCUUUGUUUGUUUUUAUCAGUCACUUUCUGUCUUUGUGGUUUUUUUUCUUUUUCAUUAUUGGUGUCCAUCCAUCCUAUCUCUAGAUGCUUACACUGUUAUAGACAAGUCUCUAUCCUGUCAGUUCAAGUCAAACAACAUUUGUUUUGUUGGAGCUUUAUUCCAUCAUCUGCAUGCUACAGAAGUCUAGCAGACAUUCAAUUCAUUGAAUGAAAUAUAACCAUGUUCUGGUAAUCUAACCUUUUUUUUGUGGUUCCUACUGUCCAACAAGUGAGCUAAUAAUAUCAUCAGCCUUUUUGCUCUCAAUAGAUGGGGGUGUACGCUCACAUUGUGCUAGCGUUAGCUGCAAGACUCAUUUGGUGUAUCCUGCUUUCCUUCUCUGCCCGCAGCUUUUUAAAUAUUCCUUAGGUCUAUCGUAUGCUUCAUCCUGCCUACACAGGAGGUGAGGAGACAUUUUUAAGAACGGAAACAGAAACAGUUGGUCAUCUCCUCUUAAAUGUGUUCAACAGCAUCUUUUGAUGAGUCAGACGGCUCUUCAUAACUGGCUAAAACCUAUUGAUGCAGAAGAUGGGUGCUCACUGAAAAGAAUGACAGCGUAAACACUGAAAAUAUUGUAUCAUCUGCUAUCUUUUUGUACACUCCGAAAACUUUUGUUACCUGGUGAUUGCUGGGUGAGUGGAGUUUUAGGAGGGUUUGGUCUGCUACUGGUUGUAUGUGGCUGGAGUAGUGGCUGAUGAAUUGUGUGCAGAUAGAGUUAAAAUAGGCUGAUAAAGAAAAAACAUUUCAUAUCAGUCCUGAAACAUACCUUUUCUUUAUAAUUCAGAUCUGUUUGUAGAUUUUUUUUGUUGUCUUUUUUCUGUAGUGAUCAAGCUUGUGUACAUUUUUUCAGCAUUAGGUUUUCUGUUUUGUUCAGAUGCAUGAGCAGAAUUUUACAGGUAUUUUUCUUUUUCUACAAAUUUGCGAAGAAUAUCGUCAUCGCAACAGAAACAAAGUCAGAGACAUCUGUAGUCCUUUAUUAAGGUUUUUUUAUUGCCUUAAACGGAAGCAUUUUACCCCACUGAGUCUCCAGUUAAAAAUGACCCAAACCACUUUCACUGUCACCUAAAGCAUCCAGUUCUGUUACUUUAAGGAUCUGUACUACAUGAGAUUUUUCAGUCAUUUUUACAUCCCGCACACAGAUUUGAGUGCUACAGCUGCAUGACGUAGUCCAUCAGCAUGAAAACAGUUGAUCUGCACGUAACCAAACACAAACUCAUUUUCUCUUAAAUGCAAAAGUCCAACUCCAAGGCAUGACCGUGCUACUGUAUUUUCUUAUGGCUUGGCCUCAAUGUCUUUAAAGCUGGCUUCAGACGUGCAUCGGAGAGAUCCAGAGUGGGCGCCCAGAUUCAUGGGCUGCUGGACAGCGGUACGUGGGACAGGAACGGCAUCGGCAGCGUCCUGGAGGAGGCCAUGACACGUUUUGCCGUGAUGCAGCGCCAGACUGAGGAGCGCUUCCGCAUCUGGAUGGAAAAGCUUGCACAUCUGGACUCAGACAACGACUCGUCGAAACGUUCGAGUGACGCCCACGAGGGGCAGCAGCAAGGGGGACGCCUGUCCCCGCCCAGUUCCUAUUUGCCAUCAUCAGAGUCUGCAGAGACUAUGGCAGCCUACAUGUUGGCCCGAGAGAACAACAGUCUCCCUCCCACUCCCAUCAACAACAACAUCCUACCUGAAGUGGCCACUCAGAAUGGAAAUCUAGGUGUCCCAGACCCUGGCCUCCUGAAUGUUUAGAUUAAACCUCUACUUCACUCCUCUCUGUUUGAAACUUAGAGCUUACCAAGUGUAGAAAUAGUUGCAGAGACCACGGCAUUGGGUAUUAUGAAUAAAUGGCGUGAGGUCAAUUAGCGGAUUCACCCUCAACAGCAGCUGGGCCUGAGCUGCAUCUAUGAACUGGACUGAGUGCAGACCUGAGACUAAGUGCAUCUCCUGAUGCUGAAUCACUGUGAGAUUUGACUUUCUGAACAAUUCAACUCACCUGUUCAAUUUCUGCUGAAUCUGUUACACGGACUCGGGGCAAAUCUCUUUAGACUCUUGAGUCAGGGCUCUUUAUCCUACUGCUAAUGUAUGGCUUGUUUGUUUUUAUUGAGCAGCUGUGCACACACACACACACACACACACACACACACGUACACACGUAGACCAAGGAGCUGAUUAUGUCAUUCGUAUGGACUGCAUUACAGCACCUGGCUGCCAUCAUGAUAGUGCUAAAGUGGGGGUGCUGCUGCUUAAAAGCAUGUGCCUUGUCAUUCUGACUUCACGUGCGGAAUGAUAUAUAGAGCAUCAUAAUACUAUUAUUUUAAGAAUUAGGUUCUACAUAACCCUUUCUUUUCCUGAACUAUAUUUGCACUCUGCUUAAAAGUUGUUCAGGGCUUUUAAAAUGUUGUGGCAACCUUUCUUUUGGUGGCAUAGCUUUACUAACAUCAGACCAUUUCAAACAUAGAUUUGCCUAUUAAUACAAACAAUGCUAACCAAGAAAGUCUCUCGUUUUCUGAUUAGAUGUGUUUACAUUUUUAAAGUUUGCCUUUCUGUUACAUUUGCUGCUAUUGCUGCGUUUGAGCAGCAUCAAGAAACUAGUGAGGGAGGAGGGACUCCUCAUGGUUAUUCGUAGUAGCCUGUGUAUAGAUUAUGGACAACAAAUGGAGCAUGGGUUUCUGUGUUGUGGCUAUCAGUUACACUGUUAAGAGCCUCAGAUAUUCACUCAUAUAAUAUUCGCCUAGUUAAUAUUUUAUUUGCACUGGUCUGCCAGCUUGGCCUGUGUCCGCAGCUUGUCUUUAAUCCGAAAAUACAGGCAUCACAUUUACAAAUACACCGCAGUUAUAACAGCUGCAAUAAGGUGCAUGGCCGUGUUUACUGACUCCCUAAAAACUGACUGAUCAUGUGGCCUUCUCUGGUUCAGAUCCUGUGGUCUUUUAGGUGGAAGCUCUCCACCUCAGCCUCUUCCUUAAACUACUUUUACUGAUGGGGAGUGUCACAACACUGCUAAGACCAUCAGAACACGAUGAAAGAAUUCUCAGCCUAAUCAUAUUUAUAGUUAGAAAGGUUAAAAAGAAGAAAGAGUUACUUUUUCUGUAUGUGUAUAUGUAGUCCCACAACUGUCAGUUUUACACAACUGAAAGCUGGAAGUUUCCCCACCUGUUUGCAUGUGAUUAUAGUAGCAUAUAGUAUGUGCAAGGCCAAAUUAUUUUCAUCAGCAGCAUGUGUGCAAGGUGUACCUUUGCUUGUGCUGAUAAACGGUGACUUAGGGGACAUUUUAUCUGUUGAUUUUCUUUCUCUUGGCCUUUUUUUUUCUUGUUUAAAAUUGUGUGAAUAUUCAACUUAUGUUGCAUGUUGCGUAAUUAUUAGGGCUGCCCCUCACCCCCCCUAAGGUUGAUGAUAUGAAUCGGGAAGGUCAAGUCGAGAACUCUUCAAGUUCACUCAUUUUGUCAAAGAACCACUCACCACCAGAUCAAGACAAAAACAGCAUGGCAGGCAUGGCAACUACAGCCAAAUAACUGUCUACUGGUGGAUGGGGCAACCUCAAAACUGAAAAACUCCAAGCUAAGCAGCUCACUUGCCAAUUUAUAGACCCUUUAAAUAUUCAUUACCGUAUUUUUCGCAGUAUAAGGCGCACUUAAAAUCCUUUCUGCUUCUGCGGCUACCGUAGCCUCGUAGAGUUAUUGAAUGAGUUAUUAAAAGUUUGACUUAUCUGACCGUUUUGUUUGGCUUGAUGCGCUUUAUAAUCCGGUGCGCUUUAUGUAUGAAAAUAGACGCGUUAAUUGGUGGUGCGCCUUAUAAUCAGGUGCGCCUUAUAGUGCGAAAAAUACGGUAGUCGGAGGGUUUUGUUAGGAGCCAUAUGGCUAAUAGAGGUCUCCUACUCGCUAAAUAAACUUUAAAAAUAGUUAAUAUGGGUUAAGAAACGGAAGAUCGUCCUAGUUUGAAUUAUAACACUGUUAGCAUAAUCUACUUUAAGUGUUUAACCAUUCUGUGAAACAUAAAUCAGAAGUAUACUUGAGUUUCUGAGUCGGUUACAGCCCUAAUAAUUACUUUGACUUUUAUGUUCAGAUUGAUCAAAUGACUACUGUACUGCAUUUCUUUUGACUGAAUUUACUUUAAAAAAAAUGGCUUGAUCAACAUUGUAAAGUGAGCCCUUACAAUCACACACUGUGUGCAUUAGAAGAAACACUAAGGACAGUCAAUUGUUUACCAAAGAGCUAUCCUGGUUUACACGAGUCCUUUUCUCUAUCUCUCUAAUACAUGGCCUUUGAAAUCGGUUUCUCUUGUAACCCUGGUACCUUCCUAUUCCAGCCCAGCCAGCUAUUCAUAGGCACCCUUGUGUCAAAGUACAUGCUGUCCAGACCAGCCCUCUCUCAGGCACUCACACACACACACGCACUCACCCAUAGACAUGUCAGGGUAGCUGUGUUAGUGUGUGUGUGUGUCUUUUCCAGGGACUCCUUUCACAGGGUAAAGCAAAGAUACACGUUCCCACUCUUCCACUUCUUCUUUGUUUUAGCCUUUUAAUUCCCAGACAACAUUUCAUUUACAGGCUGUGAUCAUUUUUAAGUGUUUUGUAACGACUAUAUUCUAGUGUAGUUUUUAUGUGAAUGGCUGUUAUUUUAAAAGCAAUAAAUGAAGAGGAAAAAAAAUGCUGUGAGAGGUUCAUUGGUACAAACAUUACUUUAAAAGCAUAAUUAUUUAAGCUUUGAAAAGUUGCCGUAAUUGUUGGUGGUUUUCUGCAGGAACUCUGCUUUUCACUCGCAUCGAAGAGCCCUAAUGUGCGAUGUCACUAUCUUCUAUCAAAGUAAAAAGGGGUGUAUUUCCUGUGUUUAGUCAUAUAGACGCUGCAGUUAGCAGCACUAUGGAUCCACACAGUCCUACAAUUCCUAGGCAUGAUUUGAAUAAUAAAGUGUUUUCUUUGUUUCCUGCAGACGGGCCUCCUGUAGUGGGUCACUAUGAUAUUUCAGACACUGAUUCUAACCAGGAGAGUAUGAGUGUGGAGACAGUCCGGCCCACGGUGAUAAAGCAUGAGCUAAAAACACACAGAGGCCAGGAUAUGGCAUCUCACUCUGGGUGUAUAAGAGCUCUGAGCUCAAUCUCAGGUCAGUUACAAACCCAGUAAAUCCAAACUGAUAAUUUCCUCUCAGUGAAGACAGGGGAUAUAGAGGCAUGGGUGUCCACGAUACUAUGGUGGGGAGACGGUCUUUUAUAGUCCCAGCGAGAUGCCCUUUUGAAGAACUUCUGCCUUCUUCUUUCCCACUGUGGCUUGGUACUAGAAAAGUCUUCUUCCGCCUUGCUUCAAAACAACAAAUUGACCUUUUCUGACUGACUAGCCGGCAGCGUCAAAACUCAAAUCUAAAGUCCACGCUGUUAUGUUUUGUCCAAUGUGUCACUCCCUGCCAUAUCUGCUAGGCUAAGUGUCAGAUUCAUCAUUGUUUUUCUUCUUGUCUGUGUCAAAGCAGCUGCAGUCCUUUUAUGUCUCAGCGAGGCCUAAAGCUCUCUACUGGUUGGUAGCCCUUCACAAUGUCUGACUCUGUUCCUUUUUAUUUGUUUCAGGUCACGUGGAGGCAGAGCUGUCGCACAAGGAAAGUUCUACACACAGCAAGGGCCAGAUUAACAUUGCUUCCUCGGACAGUGAGGUAGAAAUAGUCGGAGUGCAGGAGAAAGCACGGUAAACACUCAACAUGGGGAAAAAAUAUAACUGUGGUUGGUUUUACAAAAAAUAAUCCGCGUUUUAAUGUCCUCUGUUUCUAAAUACAGAUGUGCGCACCCAUGUGGAGGCGUGAUAAAGAGUCUCUCCUCUUGGAAAGACAACUCAGUGGAGCAGUUAAACAGCACAAAUGAACCCCAGCUCUGGACUACUGUUUCCCCUCAGCCCAACUGGGUGUCCCCUCCUGAAGUAGUGGACCUCACACUGGACGAGGACGCGGGACACAAAUACCUCCCUUAA